AUGGCUAAGCAUCAUCCUGACUUGAUCAUGUGUCGGAAACAACCAGGGAUUGCCAUAGGAAGGCUUUGUGAGAAAUGUGAUGGCAAGUGCGUGAUAUGUGAUUCCUAUGUGCGUCCUUGCACGCUUGUUCGGGUAUGUGACGAGUGCAAUUAUGGAUCUUUCCAAGGCCGUUGUGUUAUCUGUGGCGGGGUGGGAAUUUCUGAUGCCUACUACUGCAAAGAAUGUACUCAGCAGGAAAAAGAUAGGGACGGAUGCCCAAAAAUUGUCAAUUUGGGUAGUGCCAAAACCGAUCUGUUUUAUGAAAGGAAGAAAUACGGCUUCAAGAAAAGAUGA